AGGCUGGACUCGGAGGACGGCGAUGGCGCCUGGUGCCCCGAGAUCCCAGUGGAGCCCGACGACCUGAAGGAGUUCCUGCAGAUCGAUCUGCGCGCACUCCACUUCAUCACACUAGUGGGCACCCAGGGCCGCCACGCCGGUGGCCACGGCAACGAGUUUGCCCCCAUGUAUAAGAUCAACUACAGCCGGGACGGCACCCGCUGGAUCUCCUGGAGGAACCGGCACGGGAAGCAGGUGCUGGAUGGAAACACCAACCCCUACGACAUCGUCCUCAAGGACCUGGAGCCGCCCCUCAUCGCCCGCUUCGUCCGCUUCAUCCCCGUCACCGACCACUCCAUGAACGUCUGCCUGCGCGUUGAGCUGUACGGCUGCGUCUGGCUGGACGGGCUGGUAUCCUACAACGCGCCAGCUGGGCAGCAGCUCGUCCUUCCCGGGGGCACCGUCAUCUACCUGAACGACUCAGUGUACGAUGGGGCGUUCGGGUACAGCAUGACGGAGGGCCUGGGCCAGCUGACGGACGGAGUGUCGGGGCUGGACGACUUCACGCAGACCCACGAGUACCACGUCUGGCCAGGCUAUGACUACGUGGGCUGGCGCAACGAGAGCACUGCUGGCGGCUAUGUGGAGAUCACCUUCGAGUUCGACCGCGUCAGGAACUUCACUGCCAUGAAGGUCCACUGCAACAACAUGUUCGCCAAAGGAGUGAAGAUCUUCAAGGAGGUGCAGUGCUACUUCCGCGCCGACGCCAGCGAGUGGGAGCCGGGCGCCGUCUCCUCCGUGCUGGUGCUGGAUGACGUGAACCCCAGUGCCCGCUUCGUCACCGUGCCCCUGCUCCACCGCAUGGCCAGCGCCAUCAAGUGUCAGUACUACUUCGCCGACGCCUGGAUGAUGUUCAGCGAGAUCACCUUCCAGUCCGAUGCAGCCAUGUACAACAACUCAGUGGCCCCUCCAGAGAUGCCUGUGGUCCCCACCACUUAUGACCCCACGCUUAAGGUAGAUGACAGCAACACGCGCAUCCUGAUUGGGUGCCUAGUGGCGAUCAUCUUCAUCCUGGUGGCCAUCAUCGUCAUCAUAUUGUGGCGGCAGUUCUGGCAGAAGAUGCUGGAGAAGGCGUCGCGGAGGAUGCUGGAUGACGAGAUGACCGUCAGCCUCUCUCUGCCCAGCGAAUCCAGCAUGUUCAACCACAACCGCUCCUCCUCCUCCAGCGAGCAGGAGUCCAGCUCCACCUAUGACCGCAUAUUCCCCUUGGGACCCGACUACCAGGAGCCCUCCCGCCUGAUCCGCAAGCUGCCCGAGUUCACCCCAGGGGAGGAGGACACAGGCUGCAGUGGCCUCGUGAAGCCAUCCCAGGCCAGUGGCCCCGAGGGCGUCCCCCACUACGCCGAGGCUGACAUCGUGAACCUGCAGGGCGUGACGGGCGGCAACACCUACUCCGUGCCAGCCCUCACCAUGGACCUGCUCUCUGGCAAGGACGUGGCCGUUGAGGAGUUCCCCAGGAAGCUGCUGACCUUCAAGGAGAAGCUGGGAGAAGGACAGUUUGGGGAGGUUCAUCUCUGUGAAGUGGAGGGGAUGGAGAAGUUCACAGGCAAGGACUUAGCACUGGAGGGCCUGGACACCAGCUCCAACCACCCUGUGCUGGUGGCCGUGAAGAUGCUGCGAGCAGAUGCCAACAAGAACGCCAGGAAUGAUUUUCUGAAGGAAAUCAAGAUCAUGUCACGGCUGAAGGACCCCAACAUCAUCCGUCUGCUGGCAGUGUGUAUCAUGGAUGACCCGCUGUGCAUGAUCACCGAGUACAUGGAGAACGGAGACCUCAACCAGUUCCUGUCCCGCCAGCAGGCAGGCAGCCCCCCCACCGGCCACGCUCCCACCAUCAGCUACAGCGACCUGCGGUUCAUGGCCACCCAGAUCGCCUCCGGCAUGAAGUACCUCUCCUCCUUGAAUUUCGUGCACCGAGACCUGGCCACACGCAACUGCCUGGUGGGGAAGCAGUACACCAUCAAGAUCGCCGACUUCGGCAUGAGCAGGAACCUCUACAGCGGGGACUACUACCGCAUCCAGGGGCGGGCGGUGCUCCCCAUCCGCUGGAUGUCUUGGGAGAGCAUCCUGCUGGGCAAGUUUACAACGGCCAGUGAUGUGUGGGCAUUUGGCGUGACGCUGUGGGAGACCUUCACACUCUGCCGUGAGCAGCCCUACUCUCAGCUGUCUGAUGAACAGGUCAUCGAAAACACUGGCGAGUUUUUCCGGGACCAAGGUCGGCAG